GAGAUAGACGGAGAGGGUGAUUUGGGAAGCCGUUUAGUGGAUGUGACACGAAGCAGAGAGAUCGGAAGCUCUGUCGGUAAAUUCACGGUUUAUUCUUCCGAUUCCCGGACGGAGACGAAACAUCUGGACGGCAUCCAUGGCCGAGUAUUUCUGAGUUAUAAAUGAGUAGUCCUUAUGCCCAACAUGAGCUGGAGCUUUCUCACCCGUCUGCUCGAAGAAAUCCACAACCACUCCACGUUCGUGGGGAAGGUUUGGCUCACCGUCCUCAUCGUCUUCAGAAUAGUCUUAACCGCAGUCGGCGGGGAGUCCAUCUACUCCGAUGAACAGAGUAAAUUCACAUGUAACACCAAGCAGCCGGGCUGCGACAAUGUCUGUUACGACUCCUUCGCGCCCCUCUCUCACGUCCGCUUUUGGGUCUUCCAGAUCAUCAUGAUAUCGGCUCCCUCCGUGAUGUAUCUCGGCUACGCCAUCCAUAGGAUUGCGCGAGUUUCAGAAGAAGAGCGAAAGCAUAAGUCGUUCAAGAAGAAAAAAUCUUUCUCCAAAUGGCGCUCCGGUCAAAACGUCGAGGACCCUGUAGAUGAAGAAGAGGAGCCCAUGAUAUAUGAAGGUCCGGCAGAACCAGAAAAGGUGGACACCAAAGAAAAGGAAACCAAAAAGCACGAUGGCCGUAGACGCAUCAAAGAAGAGGGCUUAAUGAAAAUUUAUGUCCUUCAGUUACUGGCCCGAGCUGUUUUUGAGACGGGCUUUUUGGCCGGUCAGUAUUUCUUAUACGGCUUUGAGGUUUUACCUUCGUUCCAAUGCAGCACACACCCCUGUCCUCACACCGUAGAUUGCUUUGUUUCCCGGCCCACGGAGAAGACAAUAUUUCUUCUAAUUAUGUACGUGGUGAGUUGCCUGUGCUUGUUGCUCAACAUUUGCGAGAUGUUUCAUCUUGGUUUUGGUGCUUUAAGGGAUGCCGUUCGCAGCAGGAGGACUAGCACAGCCAGGCAGCCACCUUACAACUAUUCCUACCCGAAGAAUAUAAUAAGUUGUCCUCCGGAAUACAACAUGGUUGUGAAAUCGGAGAAGCCAACCAAAGUUCCGAUAAGCUUGAUGGCUCACGAGCAGAACUUGGCCAAUGUUGCUCAAGAGCAACAGUGCACGAGCCCCGACGACAACGUCCCGUCAGACCUGUCCGCUUUACAUAAACAUUUACGAGUGGCCCAGGAACAGUUGGACAUAGCUUUCCAGAGCUAUAAUAGCCAAGUCAACGCUCUACCCUCUAGGACCAGCAGUCCGGCCUCGGGGGGGACGGUGGUAGAACAGAACCGGGUGAAUACGGCGCAUGAGAAACAAGGUGCUAAGCCAAAAACGAGCUCGGAAAAGGGCAGUACAAGCAGCCGAGACGGUAAAACCUCUGUAUGGAUAUAAUCCGACCUAGUAAAGGAAUCCACUGGAAGACCAAGCGUUAUUAAUAUGCCAGUAACGUUCCACGAACCACUGCAGAACCCAAGCACAAUGUAAAAUAAUUUACUAAGUAACUGUUUUUUUUUAUUAAAGAUAUAACUAUUUUCAUUUUUCUAACAGGAUUUAUACUUAAAUGUUACUUUCUCGUCUGUUUUUAUUACUCCGCGGAGCUAUGAUAGAGUUGUACAAAGCCAAUACGUGCCUCUAAUUACCACUGAGGUUAAAAUGCUUCGGAGGAAACUCAGGAGAUAAACCCUCGCGUCGUUUUGCUCUAAAAAAAUGUAUCGGUCAACGAUGGAACAGAGACUCUGGAGAGGAACGCGUUCUUUAACCGAAUUCCAAUUGUCUUAUUUUUUCAGAGUUUUAUAUAUAAAAAAUGUAUGGACUUGACAGCAAAUGUUUAGUAGGUUUUUAUUAAAUGUUAUAAACCUGUUGUUAUAAACAAUUUAAUGAAAAAAGGAGUUCUAAGAUAUCAGACGGGACGAGGGGCUAGAAUCACUAUUGUUUAUGUACUUUUUGGGGGAUUUUUUCAAGGCUGUAAGCAAUAAGUCAUCAAUAUGCAUUAUUAAAUACACAUUGUACGGGGCCAGAUCAGCUCUUCCAGAAGCUCCACUGGGUCAGCCCCUGGUAGUGAAACGUCAAAAAGUUCAAAUCCUUAUCCUACAAACGUCUGCUUUACAGAAUAAACCCCAGAAAAACUUCAGAAACAUCUAAUACAUUUAUUGGAGAAUAUUUUUAUUUGGUAUUUUAUAUGUUUCGUUUGCCUCCCAAAAAAAAAUUAGCAGCCUGAUGAGUCGAUGUUUAUUCGUUGGCUCACGCAGCAUUUUUGUUGGCCAAUUAAAAAACGACUUGAGCGGCAAUUCUAAAAAAAAAAUGUACUAUGCUUUGCAAAUUGUUCAAAAAAAAUACACUAUAUAGAAAAAAGGGUAUUUUAGAUAAUAUAAUAAGAUAAACCUACUGCAAAAACCGGUAGAACGAAAGCUGCACUAGAAUCUUUUUCUUACUUUUAGGAAAACGAGUCCCGUUUCUCAUGUUUUAUUAUAACAUUUUACCCGAUGCACUUUUAACAAUAUCUUCAUCCACAAGUUAUGGGGAAUAUAAAAGAGUAACUUUAUGAAAAUGUUAUUGUUGCGGAAUAUUUGGAUAAAUAAACACAAGUUAAAAGAGG